AUGACAUCGCAGAGUCUUCUUGUCUACCAGGGGCUGACGCUCGUUCCAGAUGAUGCCCUACACGUCCACUCUAUAACACUAUCCGCAAACGUCUUUCUCACCGGCUGCUCUGUAUUACUCGAGCAAUUAUUCCUCAUUUACCGCUUUCGAAACCUCACCGACAGUCUUUACAUCACUUUUACGCUCUGCUUUCUUGUUUCGAUUCAUACUGCGGUUACACUCGGAGGCACCAUUUAUGUAGCCUCUCAUACUCAAGAUGCGUCCGCUACAGGUCACGUAGCUUCGAUCGGCAACAUCCUCAGAGCAGUUACCGAUAUCGCAAUAGCAGGGUCACUGGUCUAUGCCCUGGCAAGAGUCAAGACCGUGGACCCAUCGACAAAAAGUAUCAUGCACCGCGUCUCCGUUAAUACGAUGUCCUGGGGUCUAGUCUCCGCACUAUUCACCCUAGCGACGCUCAUAUUGUUUUUCGUCGAUAGAUCCGUUUCUUCGGUGUUUUUCUCUUGCCUGGGACGCGUAUACAGCCUGACAGUUCUCGUCAAUAUGACGGUACAUAAAGUGUCGCGGUUCAAAUCCCCUGGUGUACACACGAACGGCGAAAUAGAGCUUCAGUCUGCGCAGUUUAAUUCGAUGUGUAUAGAUGCUACUACAAGGCCGGAACAGACACGACGAAUCUCCAAUGACUGGCAAGUAGAGUAG